GUCAGCAGGGAAAUGUACAGGGGUCAGCAGGGCAGUGUACAGGGGUCAGCAGGGCAGUGUACAGGGGUCAGCAGAGCAGUGUACAGGGGUCAGCAGAGCAGUGUACAGGGGUCAGCAGGGAAGUGUACAGGGGUCAGCAGGGCAGUGUACAGGGGUCAGCAGGGAAGUGUGCAGGGGUCAGCAGGGAAGUGUACAGAGGUCAGCAGGGCAGUGUACAGAGGUCGGCAGGGCAGUGUAGAGAGGUUGGCAGGGCAGUGUACAGGGGUCAGCAGAGCAGUGUACAGGGGUCGGCAGGGCAGUGUAGAGAGGUUGGCAGGGCAGUGUACAGGGGUCAGCAGGGCAGUGUACAGGGGUCAG